GAUCGGUUCCUUUAUCACAUGCGUCUGUCUGAUGAUGUAUUACAUGAUGUGAUGACUCGCUUCCAAGCAGAGAUGGUGAGGGGUCUUGAAAGAGAUGCUCACCCAACAGCUGCUGUAAAAAUGCUGCCAACUUUUGUACGGUCAAUUCCUGAUGGGUCAGAAAAGGGGGAAUUUCUUGCUCUAGAUCUUGGGGGCUCCAGGUUUCGAGUCUUGAAAGUGAAUGUGUCUGAAGAUGGGAAGCAGACAGUUCAAAUGGAGAGCCAGUUCUACCCAACUCCCAAAGAGAUCACACAUGGGAAUGGAACAGAACUAUUUGAGUAUGUCGUUGACUGUCUGGCGGAUUUCAUGGAGACUAAAAACAUAAAACAUAAGAAAUUCCCUCUUGGCUUUACAUUUUCUUUUCCUUGCAUACAGACUAAAUUAGAAGAGGGUGUGCUGCAUUCCUGGACAAAAAACUUUAAGGUACGAGGAGUGCAGGAGACAGAUGUGGUCACCUCUCUGCGCCAUGCCCUGAAGAAGCAUAAGGAUGUUGAUGUAGAUGUUUUGGCACUGGUAAAUGAUACAGUGGGAACAAUGAUGACCUGUGGAUAUGAUGAUCAGCGUUGUGAAGUUGGUGUCAUAAUAGGCACUGGCACAAAUGCUUGCUACAUGGAAGAAAUGAGGCACAUUGAUCUGGUGGAAGGUGAUGAGGGGAGGAUGUGUAUUAACACUGAGUGGGGAGCCUUUGGAGAUGAUGGGUCACUGGAGGAUCUCAGGACUGAGUUUGACAGGGAGAUUGACUUGGGAUCUGACAAUCCUGGAAAACAAUUGUUUGAGAAGAUGAUUAGUGGACUGUAUUUAGGAGAACUUGUAAGACUCGUUCUUCUAAAAAUGGCAAAGAAAGGCCUGCUCUUCAAUGGCAAGAUAUCAACCGCUCUGCGUACUAAGGGCAAAGUUGAGACAAAACAUGUAGCUGCUAUGGAAAAACAUAAGGAAGGUCUCAAAAACACUAAAGAGAUACUGAUGGAACUUGGCCUGACUCCUUCUGAAGAAGAUUGCAUUGCUGUACAGCAUGUCUGCACCAUUGUUUCAUUUCGCUCAGCCAACCUCUGUGCUGCGGCCUUAGCAGCAAUACUGACCCGUCUUAGAGAAAAUAAAAAACUAACACGACUGAGAACUACUGUUGGGAUGGAUGGAACUCUGUAUAAAACACACCCUCAAUAUCCUAAACGCUUGCAUAAGGUUGUGAGAAGGCUGGUCCCAAACUGUGAUGUCCGAUUUCUUCUCUCUGAAAGCGGCAGUGGGAAGGGAGCAGCAAUGGUAACUGCAGUUGCAUGCAGAUUGGUGUCCCAGCGCAAACAGAUUGAUGAAGUUCUAGCAUCAUUUCACCUUUCUGAGGAGAAUCUUAUAGAAGUGAAAAAUAAAAUGAAGGAUGAACUGGAAUAUGGACUGAAGAAAGAAACACAUGCGAUUGCCACCGUGAAAAUGUUGCCAACUUAUGUUUGUGGAACACCAGAUGGAACAGAAAAAGGAAAAUUCCUUGCACUUGAUCUUGGGGGAACAAACUUCAGAGUUCUGCUUGUAAAAAUUAGAAGUGGGAGAAGAAAAUCUGUGAGAAUGUACAAUAAAAUCUUUGCCAUUCCUUUGGAAAUUAUGCAAGGAACAGGAGAAGAGCUCUUUGAUCACAUAGUCCAGUGCAUAGCAGAUUUUUUGGAAUACAUGGGAAUUAAAGGUGCACGUCUCCCUUUGGGCUUCACGUUCUCUUUCCCCUGCAGGCAAGCUAGCAUUGACAAGGGAACACUUGUGGAGUGGACAAAAGGUUUCAAGGCAACAGAGUGUGAAGGAGAAGAUGUUGUUGAUAUGUUAAGAGAGGCCAUUAAACGCAGAAAUGAGUUUGACUUGGAUAUUGUAGCCGUGGUAAAUGACACUGUUGGGACAAUGAUGACAUGUGGCUAUGAAGAUCCAAAUUGUGAAAUUGGCCUUAUUGCAGGAACAGGUAGCAACGUGUGCUACAUGGAAGAGAUGAAGAAUAUUGAAACUGUGGAAGGGACUGAAGGGAAAAUGUGCAUUAACACAGAAUGGGGAGGAUUUGGUGACAAUGGAUGCAUUGAUAGUAUCAGAACAAAAUAUGAUAAAGAAGUGGAUGAAGGUUCAUUGAAUCCUGGGAAACAGAGGUAUGAAAAAAUGACCAGUGGAAUGUAUUUGGGUGAAAUAGUGAGGCAAAUUUUGAUCGACUUAACCAAACACGGACUUCUGUUCAGAGGCCAAAUUUCAGAAUCGCUCAGGACAAGAGGCAUCUUUGAAACAAAAUUCCUGUCUCAGAUUGAAAGUGACCGGCUGGCCCUUCUUCAGGCGAGAAGAAUUCUGCAGCAGCUUGGACUGGACAGCACUUGUGAUGACAGUAUUAUUGUAAAGGAGGUGUGUGGUGCUGUUUCAAAGAGAGCAGCCCAGCUAUGUGGAGCAGGACUGGCUGCUAUCGUAGAGAAGAAGAGAGAAAACAGAAAUCUCGAGCACUUGAAAAUCACUGUUGGAGUAGAUGGGACUUUAUACAAACUACACCCACAUUUUUCUAGGAUUUUGCAGGAAACAGUGAAAGAAUUGGCACCUCACUGUGAUGUAACCUUCAUGCUGUCUGAAGAUGGAAGUGGAAAGGGAGCUGCUCUAAUUACUGCUGUGGCGAAAAGACUGCAUAAUGCUGGGGAAAAUUAAAAACAAAGACACACACUUAAGUACACAUGCAUUAGAGAUUUGCUCGAUGACCACACAAAAUAACUUGGGUGGAGACCAAUAAGAAAUACCCACUAUUAGCUGGCACCCAGACUAAGCCUACUGCCAAUAAAGAAAAAGUAAAAUCUUUGACCCACUGUAACUCGGGUGCAGGUUGCUGUGGCCAGUUGCUAGUUAACACUAUAUUCUGGGAUACUACAAUAGACUCAUUGCUACAAUAUGACCUAACGCCAUACCUAGUGUCAUACAGCAGGUCUCACAAUUUUUUUUCCAAAAAUCAGUUUUUGAAGUGCUCAGUAGAUCUCCUGUUCCACUUAAUGUUAUUCUGUGAAUUUGUCGCCCAGUUUUUCAGGGUCUUAGGGUUUUAUUAGCCAUAGCUAAAUCUGAUUCAGUGGGUAUUGAGUUCCUGAUACAGUAUAGCUACGUCUAGACUGGCCACAAAUUCCAGAAAAGG